AAAAUUUAAAAAACAAUAAUAAUUAAGAUGUUAGGUCUCUCACAGCCUACACUUCAGUUAACAUAAUAAUAAUAAUAAUAAUAAUAAUAAUAAUAAUCAUCAUCAUCAUCAUCAUCUCCAGCCAAAUUAGGAAUUCCUGUAACCAGGGAUUCCAUUUCACGAUAAGUGAUGCGUGUGAAAAGGUGGAGUUUAAGCACACUAUAAAUGGGAGCAACCUCUGGAAUUUCAUUCAUACAUCUCAGCACAGACCAUGCUGCUAUUACAGAGAGCUGCAUGCGUCAGGUACCUCGUGGCCUGUGCGGUUUUAUUCUGUAGAACGCCGGGGGCGGAAUUGAGACCCCGCCAGCAGGACCAAGCACGGGACACACUCCUACUUGAAGCUGUCAAAAAGGGAAUACUCGAAUCUUUGGGAGUUGAGAGCCCGCCUGUUCCACGCGAGACAGUGCCCACGCACGAGCUGGAGAGGGUGCGGAGCCUGUAUGAGGAGAAACUGCGUGAACUCCGAAAAAACACGACGGGAGAAGACAUCCAUUCAUCAGAGACGAGGACAAUUCUACUUACAGCUAAGUUAGAACCUUCUGUUGAAAGUAUAGAACUGCACAAAGGAGUUGCCAGCCAACACACUCAGAAGUUCAAAGCCGUGUUCCACAAGACCAACCUAAUUACAAACAAACUCCACAUCGUACGCGCUGAACUAAAGCUUUACAAACAACUACUAAAUGCCCUUCCCCCCAGAAAGCAUCCUUCUGGGAUCACCCUUUACAAACUACAGAAGACUGCUCCGGACCGUGAACCGACUGCAAACCUCAUUGCCUCAGAUCUCUUGGCCUUCAAAAACGUUGAUGUCAAAGCCGCCAUUUCAGAAUGGCAAGCGAGCUCGGAAAUCACUUUGGAGCUGGGGAUCGAAUUUGUUCCCCAAGCCAACGAAAGCCUCUUAUCCUGGGCAGAACCUCAGCAACUCACGCUGCAGAUCGAAACCAAGGAAGGAGAAGAUAGACAGAGAAGGAAAAGAUCUGUGGUGUCCGAGGAGGACUGUAAGAAAAAUGAGAAUGAGUGCUGCCGAAAAUCGCUGAGGGUGUCCUUUAAGGACAUUGGCUGGACUGACUGGGUGGUUGCCCCCGAAUCCUACACCAUGUAUUUCUGUGAUGGAUCCUGCCCUCAUAAUUACAAGCCAGCCAGCAUGCAUGCACAGAUCAAAUCUAGAAUGCACCAUUUCUCUAAAGGAGCAACGCCUGCUCCCUGCUGCAUCCCAGCCUCGUAUGAACCCAUGGUUCUAAUGCACUAUAACACUGAGGGGAAACUGACUUUGACUCCUUUCAAUGAUAUGAUUGUCAGCAAGUGUUAUUGUGCUUAGGUUUAUAGGAAUGUAAGAAUAUACGAAAAGAACAUUCAGCCCAUCAGUGCUCAUCUGGUUCCUUAAUUAAUCUCAAAACUUGAGUCUGAUCUUAAAGGAGCCCAAUGAUUCAGCUUCAAAACUAUGACUAGGUAACCCAUUCCAUACCCUCACUGUGUGAAGGUGUCUCCUACCCUAAGUCUAUUUCCAACAGUGUCCUCUGGUCCUGGUUUCUGUACUGUACUUAAAGUAUAGAUUGGGGUUAACUUUGUCAGGUCAUUUUACGAUUUUAAAGACUCCCUCUAAUGUGUGAGCCGGUAAAUCAAAAGGGGGGAAAAGCAAUGUGCAAAAUAAACUAAAAACCGCCAUACUAUUUACAAUGCAAACUGAAAUUAUUACAGCCAUACAAUCUGAAAAUGUUGCAAAAGUGUGUAUAAAAAAAUAUGUGAAAUAUAUUGUUUGUUGUUUGACCAGCCUGCACGCUGUUAAGCCACAGCUCUGUGAUUAUCCUGAGGUUACCCCACAAAGUGCAUUACGUGGAUUCUAAAGGGCUCUAAAACAUCCAAAAUGAAUGGUAUAUAUUAUAACUUCCACUGACUGUCAACAAAACGGUUUGCAGAAAUUGUGCAUAAAAUUGCACAUGAUUGUGGAACACAGUAGUUUUCUUUUUUUAAAUGCAUUUGGUCUUUGUUUUUGUAUCACAAACGAAUUCUGCUAUAUUGCUGUUUUAUCCCCAUAGAAAGCCCAGGCUGCUUUCAGUUGAGGUUUAAGAUACACAGCCAGAAAAGGGUUUGGCUAAAAUCAGCAGCUAUCUUUGUUCAAAGUUCAAAGAAAGCAUAAUAAAGGGAACUUUCACUUACAUGUGACGUAGCGCAGCACAUUUCACAAUUAGUUAACAUUUCACAAUUAGUUUCUAACACUGCCUUAGCAACUAUAUAAUAUUAGGGAUUUUAAUCAGAUUUUUUUUACUGUUUCUUAUGUUUCUGCUUAUAUUAUUAUUUACACAGCUUCCCCAACUGGGUCGGCUUCUGAAAAAACUCCUACAAGCUGAUGUGGUUUGAAAAAUGACUACUAGCGUAGAUAUUACUGUUCCACACCCCUAGUGGUCACCUCACUUCAGAAUUUUAGGAGUCUUUUCAGAAACAGACCCCGUGGUUGAAGAAAAUAUUAGUAAGCUUAGUAAAUAAUAUAGCAACACAAAAUUAGACAUCAGACAGGUAUAAUAAUCCUGUGCUUAAUUGAUCUUAGGUUUCUUAAGGUACUGUUUUUCAAUAUUUGAAUGCAUUAUCACAAAUAUAUUUCUGUAUCCAAAAGAAAUAUGUUAAAUGAAAACCUAUUAAAAAAAGUUAUUCUCAGGCACAAUAAUACAGUGUUGUGCAAUAUAUUUAAUAUAAGUAAGUAAGAGCAAAUGUAUUUAUAAAGAAGCAUAUUUAUUGUAACUUAUUUACUAUUUAUAAGAUGCCUACGUUGGUUUUGCAAAGAUAUUUAAAAUGUUAUUUUAAAAAAUGUUUUAUGAAUUUGUAAAAUUCCAGACUUGUUAAGCUUUAUUUUU